AUGUCCGGUAUUCCCAGGACGCACCUGAUGAUCGUCGGGGGCAUCGGCCUCGCAGUUGCGUUAUACGUCGCGUCGGUGCUGAGCGGGCAGCCGACGCCAGUCUUAAAGAGCUCCCUGGCCGGUACCCAGCUUGGCAAGCCCGAGUGUAAGCACUCUCACCAUAGCACGCACACCCAGGUAUCGCCUGUACGCUGUCCCGUACAACCCGACGUACGCAAUGUGGGCGGUGAAUGGAUCCUCACUAGCGCCGCCGACAAGCAACAGGCGUACGAGCGCCUGGCCGCCGCCAUCCGCAUUCGCACCGAGUCGUUUGACGAUAUGCCGAUGAACGCGUCCGAUCCUGUCUUUGAUGUCUUCUACGAGUUUGAGGAGUACCUCCGCACCACGUUCCCCCUGUUCCACAAGGCGACCAAAUUUGAGCGGGUCAACACUCACGGCCUGCUCUUCACGUGGGAGGGCACGGAUGAAUCACUUAAGCCAAUGAUCCUGAUGGCGCACCAGGACGUCGUGCCCGUCAAUGAGGUUACUUGGAAGUUCUGGACUCAUCCUCCCUUCGACGCGUAUAUGGACAACAACGGUUGGGUUUGGGGCCGCGGCACGACGGAUAUGAAGAGCACUCUGGUUGCGCUCAUGUCAAGUGCAGAGAAGCUUAUGUCGGAGGGGUUCCAACCUGAGCGAACGAUCCUGUAUUCGUUCGGUUUUGACGAGGAGAUCCGGGGUCCACGUGGGGCUGGACACCUGGCUCAGCACCUCUUACAGCGCUAUGGGCGCGAUGGCGCAGCGUUAGUGUUCGACGAGGGCUUCACUGGCGUCGACAAGGACUUUGGACAACUGUUUGCGCGGGUCGGCCUGGCUGAGAAGGGGUGCUUUAAUGCCCGGCUGACCGUCAUGGCGCCAGGAGGACACUCGUCGCGUCCACCCCUGCAUACAGGUAUUGGUAUCAUGGGUCAGAUCUUUGUCGCCAUGGAAGAAACCCGCGGUCCGCUCAAGCUCGAGGCGGAUAACACGCUGCUCGGAUACCUCGAGUGUGCGGCUGUACAUGGGAGCGUCGACGACGACCUGAAGCAGAAAGUCCGUUGUCCCGAGUGCUGGCCGGCUCUUGCCGACGAACUGGCCAGUGAUGGGGCCAAGGAACUGUUCCUGCGCACAACCCAGGCGAUCACAAUAGUAAACGGGGGAAACAAGUACAACGCGUUACCGGAAUACACGACGGCUUUGGCCAACUAUCGAACGGGAUUCUUCGAGACGUCGCAAGUAGUGAUGGACCGCCUCGCGUCGGCUAUUGCGCCCAUUGCAGCCGCCUCAAACAUGACCUUUGACUACCAGGGCUCGCACGCCCACGUCCGUGAUAACGUGAUCCGCCUCCACACGGACGGGCUCGUGCUUGAGCCAGCCCCACUCACGCCCGAUACUGGGGCGGCAUUUGACCUCGUCGGCGGGACGAUCAAGCACGUCUUCCCCGGCGCUGUUGUCGUCCCGUCAGCCAUGACGGCGUUUACCGAUACACAGUUUUACUGGGACCUGUCGAAGAACAUCUACCGCUUCGCACCGGCCAGUAUGGCACACAUGCUCAAUUACCAUACGGUCGAUGAGCGGAUCCAUAUCGACGCGCAUCUGAGCAUGGUGCGCUUCUUUUACAAGUUGCUGCAGAACAGCCAGGGGUGGCGGGGCCGCCGACAUAAACACAUGUGCAUGAUUCCCGUGCGAGGCGAGCCAUGUCCAUCGGCCUCCGAACCUCACGAGAGCGCCCCCUCGGAACCUCUCCUCAAUGACACCGGUCCCCACCUGCACGCCGACAACGCCUUCUCCCCCGCCCAUCGCCACCCCGGCGACAGCGUACCGCUCGACGACGACGCUGCCGAGGACGAGGAGACGCACUUUGUUGGACUCGGCUUCUUCGGCCUUGUUCCGGAUACACGCGCCGCACCAACUUUCAGCCGACAGGCAACACUGGCGUUUCGACAAGUCUCAUCUGACCCCAACCGCCCCGCGUACUUUAUCAAACACCCCUCUCUGCUCUACGGCCGAGGACCGAGUAGCUCCUCAGCCGCCCUGGAUGAGGUACGCCGCCUCUGCGCCCCCAUCGGGCCUGAUAUACCAGUGCGCGCACUCCAUCAGUUCACCACGCUCACACUUCCCUCCCUCCCGUUUGUACAUCCCCAACGCCUCUCGGCCGUAUUUGACAGCGGCCGAGCGCCUGCCCUCGCCGCUGGCAUCGUCGCGCACUGCACGAGCUACAUUCCCGAGAUACGGCCACUGCAUCGCGCACUAUGGCAGCAGGCCCUCCUGGCCCUCGAGGACGAGUACCGCCAGCCGCGACUGCGUACGCUCCAACUAGCCCUACUUAUUCUCACCUCGCGGCCAAGCGAAAAUGUUGGCCAACGCGAGAUCGGCUUAGCGCGGGCGGUCGGGUGCGCACAUCUCCUCGGGCUACACAUGGACGCAAGCGCGUGGGCGCUCCCAGCAUGGGAAGUCUGCGUGCGCACGCGUAUCUGGUGGACGCUCUUCAUCCAUGACAAAUGGCCUGCACUGCUGUACGGUCGCCCGUCCAACCUCUACAGGAGCAACUAUAACGUGCCCCUUCCUUCAGUCGACGACGAUGCGUCGUCUGCCUCCUUCCUCGCCACGUGCCGCCUGACGCUCAUUGUCGACAAGCUCCUCGAGCGCUUCUUUAGCGUACAUGCUAUUACCUCACCGCCGGGGGAGCUCACUCGCCUCGCGAGCCUCGAAUGCAUCCUCGCGGACCUCGAGGCAUUCGAGGCUGCUCUCCCCGUGUCCUUACACUCCACAACCCGCGAUGCGCCCACCGGCGUCCGUUCGCUCCAGCUGUCACUCUGCGGGCUGUACGUCGUCGUGCACCGUACGAUCAUCGAAGCCCUUGCACCGACUGGCGUACACGUGUCUCUCGCUCGCGCAAACGCCCUAGCCGCGUGUGGACGUCUCGCGGCCCUCGUCGUGGCCCUCACAGAGUCUGACCGCGCCAUGUUCUGGAUGCCAUACUCGUCGCACCACAUUUCGAAUGCCGUCAGCCUCCUCGUCCGCCUUGCACUCGCCCACACGGAUGGCGCGCUAGCGUGCACUGUCGCGCUUGUCGAGAAUCUGGGGGCCACCUACGCACAGACGCAGUGGGACAUAGCUGAAUCUGCGCUUCGUCGAAUUGCGGUCGUGCUCGCUAUCGGGAGUCGGGAUCUGCCCGCGCUGGGCGAGACGUACCGCUCGGUAGCGGACGUGCUGGGUAUCAACGUCGGCACCGAUGAGGCUGGAACGUUGGCUGACAAGCUCCUUGAAUCGUUUGGGGUGUCGGGCAAGGCGGAUUGGCUGGAUGCUGACCUGUCGUGGCUGGAUUCUGCGAUGCUGUUGGGUGCGUUGGAUAGCACGGAUGUUAAUGAGCUUCGCUAG